AUGGAGUGGGGCAAUUAUUCCAUGUAUGCCGACUUUGUGCUCCUGGGCCUGUUCAGCAGCACCCACUUCCCCUGGCUUCUUUUUGCUCUCAUCUUCCUGAUCUUUGUCAUCUCCAUAGCCAGCAACGCAAUCAUGAUUGCCCUGAUCCAGGUGGACGUGCGCCUACACACCCCCAUGUACUUCCUGCUCAGCCAGCUCUCCCUCAUGGACAUCCUAUACAUUUCUACUAUUGUGCCCAAGAUGCUGGUUGACCAAAUGGUGGGCCAGAGGGCUAUUUCAUUUGCAGGAUGCACUGCCCAACAUUUCCUCUACUUGACCUUGGCAGGAGCUGAGUUCUUCCUCCUAGGACUCAUGUCCUAUGACCGAUACGUUGCCAUCUGCAACCCUCUGCGCUAUCCUGUCCUUAUGAGCCGAAGAGUCUGCUUGUUGAUUGUGGUGGCAGCCUGGCUGGGAGGGUCUAUAGAUGGCUUCCUGCUCACCCCAGUCACCAUGCAGUUCCCUUUCUGUGCCUCUCGAGAAAUCAACCACUUCUUCUGUGAGGUCCCUGCCCUUCUGAAGCUCUCCUGUAUAGACACGUCAGCCUAUGAGACAGCCAUGUACGUCUGCUGCAUCAUGAUGCUCCUCAUCCCGUUCUCUGUCAUCUCAGCCUCUUACACAAGGAUUCUCAUCACUGUUUACAGGAUGAGUGAGGCAGAGGGGCGGCGAAAGGCAGUGGCCACUUGUUCCUCGCACAUGAUAGUUGUCAGCCUCUUCUAUGGGGCUGCCAUGUACACAUAUGUGCUGCCUCACUCCUACCACACACCGGAGCAGGACAAGGCUGUGUCUGCCUUCUACACAAUCCUCACCCCCUUGCUCAACCCUCUCAUCUAUAGCCUCAGGAACAAGGAAGUCACAGGGGCCCUACAUAAGGCUCUGGGGAAGUGCUUUUCCUCAGGAAGGGUGACCGCCUUCUAA